UCGGGAGCGGACCUUAUUUGCUAAGGGAGCAGAGAUACAGAGAUACAGAUCGCGGGAGACAUUCAUCUCUUCCCUUCUCUUCUCCUCUCUUUUGCAGAAGCCUGCGGAAUUCCCGAACGCCGCUCACCUACAUACCUAUACCUAUACCUAUACCUUAAUCACCUACCUACUCACCCGCACACUCAGUUUGAACGUCACCCACCCAGCCACCCUCUCAACAAUCCUCCUCCUCCAGAACUCCACCGAAUAGCCAUAUCUACGCCUUAAUUGUAUCUGGAAUUCCGAUAAUAGUGUUGUUUGUUAUUUGCAACUGUGGAAGCAAUAAUUAGACUUGAAAUUGGAAUUGCAAUUUGAUUCGGGAUUGGACUUGGAAUUGGGAUUGACUAAGUCGACAAACCCCAGUCAAAAUGGGUCGCACGCAGAUCCCGACGAUUGAGAUUCCGAAGAAGGAUGUUUGGAGUGCGUUAUUUGAGAGGGGGGUUGGGGAGAGGGAAUUUCCGGAUGACCAAGUCCUCUACCUCAACCCCCUCACCUCCCGCUCCUACACCUACUCCAGCGUCCGCUCCACCACUCUCGCCCUCGGCACCCUCCUCCAAACCCACCCCACCCUCUCCCUCAGCAAAGGCCAAGUCCUCGCCCUCUUCGCCCAAAACUGCAUCGACAUCCCCGCCAUAACCUGGUCCACCCACUACGCAGGCGGCGUCGUCUCCCCCGCCAACCCAGCCUACACCGUCCGCGAACUGGUCCAUCAUCUCCACGACUCCGGCGCCAAGUUCCUCUUCACGCAGAAAAGUCUCUUGCCAGUUGCUCUUGAGGCAGCGAGGGAAGUCAAUCUCCCUAAGAGGAACAUCGUGUGUAUUGGGGAGGAAAAGGAUAGGCCUGAGAAGGAGAAGGAAGGGAUUCGCUGGUUUCCGGAGCUGUUGGAGGAGGCGAGGAGGUUGGUUGAUGAGAAGGGGGUGAAAGAGCGGGUGAAGGUGGAUCCUGAGAAGGAUCUUGCAGUGUUGGCUUAUUCUUCUGGGACGACGGGGUUGCCGAAGGGGGUGAUGUUGAGCCAUUCGAAUAUGGUGAGUAAUUUGUUCAUGCUGAGUAGUUCCGAGGGGACGAUUCUGCAUUGGAAGAAGGAUAGGGUGUUGAGUGUUUUGCCGUAUUAUCAUAUUUAUGGUCUUCAAUGUCUCGUCCAUCUCCCCGCCUACGCGGGUUUCACAACCAUCGUCAUGUCCGCCUUUGAUCUCAAGCUCUUCUGCCGUCUCAUCCAAGACUACAAGAUCACAUAUACAUACGUCGCGCCACCUGUCGUCCUCCACCUCGCAAAAAACCCAGUAGUCGACGACUAUGAUCUCUCUUCCUUACGAAUGAUGACUUCUGGCGCUGCACCGCUGACAAAAGAACUCAUCCAUGCUGUCCAUAAGAGGUUAGGUAUAGAAGUCAAACAGGCGUAUGGGUUGAGUGAGACCAGUCCCGCGACACAUAUUCAGAAACAAUGGGACAACGGCAUUGGCUCCGUCGGUCCACCCCUCCCCAACCAAACCAUCAAAUUCAUGUCCCCAGAAGGCGACGAAGUCCCCCCCGGCAAAGAAGGCGAAAUCUGGGUCAAAGGCCCCAACGUCUUCCUCGGCUACCACAACAACGCCGAAGCGACAAAAUCAUCCAUCACUACAGAUCGUUUCUUCAAGACGGGUGAUAUCGGGUAUGAGGAUGAGAGGGGAAAUAUGUAUAUCACGGAUCGCGUGAAGGAGUUGAUCAAGUUAGUUUCCCUUCGUUCCCGAGUCUCAACAAUUGGAGUUUUGAAGGGUUCGUCUCAAAAUCUCCGCACAUGCUAACCACCCACACCAACAGAUACAAAGGCUUCCAAAUCGCCCCCGCCGAACUAGAAGGCAUCCUCAGCAGCCACCCUCACAUCACCGACGUAGCCGUAAUCGGGAUCCACGACCCCGUCCGCGAGAGCGAAGUCCCCAUGGCGUGCAUCGUUCUCAGAGACGGCGAAAGCGGCGCAAAACCCCCCCAGUCCACAGAAAAGGAAAUCGUCUCCUGGCUCGCUAGUAAAGUUGCGCCGCAUAAGGCGCUCAGGGGUGGCGUCUGGUUUGUUGAUGAGGUGCCGAAGAGUGCGAGUGGGAAGAUACUGAGGAGGGUUUUGAAGGAUAGGG